CCUCACUGAACAAACAUCGUCUGUUGAAUGGCUGUAAGAAAAUCACGGUGGAUGAAGCGCGGAGACCUACUUUCAUUAUGUCGAAGUGUUACAGCUUAAAUUUCUUCUGUGGAAUUUACGGACGAUGCAAGUGAUUAAUUUUGUGCAGGAUUUAAGAUGCCGGGCAUUGUUGUAUUCAAAAGGAGAUGGUCAGCGGGUUCUGAUGAUUUUGUGCUCCCAGCCUUGUUGUUGAUGAUACUGCAUGGAAUAUGGCUAACCAUUCUGUGUAUUACAAUGGGGGUGACUGCAUCAGAGUAUGAUGACUCGUGUUUCGUGGGUGGCGUGUCGCUGCUGUCAUUUGACCUUGGCUACGUAGUCUCCUUGGCAGCAGGAUUAAUUUUAGAAAUAGUCCUUUUCUUGGUCAGCUUAAGAGGGACUAUCCUGGAGACAGAACCUCGAGUUAGCGUCCAGUACAUCCUGUACACAAGACUGGGAAUUUUACUAUUUGAGCUGGCCUGGCAGGUAGUUGGUGUGGUCUGGUUAGCUAAACACUACAUGAGUUGCCCUUCCGAAACACCAAAGAAAGUGACAUUAGCUAUGAAUAUCUGUAACUGGCUUAUCCUGCUGGUGAUUGGGAUCAGUGUUUGGUGUACCUACGACCACGCGGGGGGUAAGUGGGUGAAGAUGAAGCGAUUCCAGGAAAGUUUGAAAGAGAGGCAGACACGCAACAAACGACCAAGUGGCAGGAGAAAUUGGAGGCAAAGCAAAAUGGGACUUUUUGAGAUAUUAGUUCCAUUCUUUUUGUUGGUGCAACCUCUACCAAGAAGGCGUAGUAUCCUUCGAUUGUUUUCAGCCUAUCUCAAAUCCCACAGGAAGACUAUAAGGGCCUAUGAAGAAAGCUGGGACCGACGCUUCAACCUCUUGUGUUGCUGUGUGGAAAGAAAAAAUAACAAUAGGAACACCAUUGCGGAGAUAGCCAAGUUGUUUACCGAGUUUUUCCGAGAUUUGGAUGUCGUGCCAUCUGAUGUUAUUGCGGGGUUUGUCUUGUUACGGCACUACCAAAGUCUACGGAGGAGACAUGUUGUGUCUCAGGAAAAUAACGUUAUAUGUGAUCACCUGUCUGGGACCCCUAUCACACCUACCACGUCCUUCUUACAACUGAGUCAACCGAAUGAGUUAGCGGAGUACCAGAAGGUGAUCCAUUACAUGCGCCUAGCUCUAGCAGCCUACGGCUGGCCUGCCGUGGUUAUGAUGAAGACGGACGCCAACUGUUGCGGACUUCUUCCCAAGCUCAGGUGUUGCUGUUGUGUAAACAAGCCUUUAUUGGAGUAUGUACAGGAUAACUGUUGUCAGUGUAACUUUGUAGCCUUGUUAAAACUCAGCCAGCUAAGGGAGUGUGACAUCGUGUAUGCCACAUAUCAUGUUGAUGUAGGAGAAACGCCGUUUUAUGUCGCCAUAGAUCAUAAAUACAAGACGGUGGUAAUUUGUGUCCGGGGAACUACUUCACUACAGGACGUAUUGACUGAUUUGAAAGCUGAUGCAGAGAUUCUUCCGUUGAAUCCGCCAAUUGAGGCCUGGGUAGGCCACAAGGGUAUGGUACAAGCAGCUGUUUAUAUAAAAGACAGAUUAAAGGAUGACAAUCUUUUGUCCAAAGCUUUCAGCAAGGAAGAUGUGGAUGAAACAUACGAGCUGGUGUUAGUGGGACAUUCCCUCGGGGCGGGGACGGCCGCUAUUCUAGCUAUUCUUCUGAGACAGGAGUUCCCCAAUUUACAUUGUUACGCCUUCUCUCCUCCUGGUGGACUUUUAAGCGAGGCUUGUGUGGAGGAAACAAAAUCUUUCAUUACUUCUGUAGUUGUUGGUAAAGAUGUUGUACCACGGAUUGGUUUGUCUCAGUUAGAGGUUUUGAGAGCUGAUUUGAUAAACGUUAUCAAAAACAGCAAAGAACCUAAGUGGAAGAUUAUUGCUCGAGGAGUGUGUUGUGGGAAUGCCGAGGCCCGCAAGAUGAAUUUGGAUGAAGUUCGGGUAGAAAUGGAGCGAGACAUUAGGGCUCACCCCUCUGAUGAGGACAUAGCUCUGUCUGCCCACACCCCAUUGUAUCCCCCGGGGAAAAUCAUACAUAUCGUCAGAAGUCAUCCAUCAGGAAAGCGGAAGUCGUUGUUCCGCUGUUGUCAGCCCCAUCAACCUGUGUAUCAGGCUAUCUGGGCCAGUAAUCAUGACUUUGAUGAGGUACUUGUCUCUCCAUCCAUGAUAAAUGACCACAUGCCUGAUUACGUACUAGAGGCGUUAGAAAAGGUGUUAGUAAAUGUUGCUCCUCCAAAACCAGAGAGGAUUUUGUCAGAGGAAGAAAGGCAAGCAUUUUUAGAUGCUAGAUCGCCAUCAGGAAAUACAUUAAAAGCUGAAACGAAAGAAGAACAAAACGUUAAUACGGAGGUAGAAACCCUACCUAGGUACCUCUAUGAGAAGACAGAGGAGGAACCCGUCAUAUCUGUAGGUCCAGAUGGACAACUUGUUGUGUAUAACUCCUCGAAAAAACCCAAGUUAUUAAUGGAUUUAAACAGCGAUGAACCUGUGGAAGCGCCACUAGCUAGUCCCGACACUUUGUCAGAGAGGUCUAGUAUGUUAAACUCUCUGAGUCAGACUAGUGAAUUAGACAAAGGAAAGGAGAAUUGUAGAAUGACCCUGCAAAGUCCCCCUACUCUUGAAACAAUUAAGCAGUCUCCUGAGUUAAAAAAGCACGAGUUUGUGAACCAAGUUAGCUCUUGUUGCGAAUCUCAGUGUAAACAGUGUAAUGGUCAUGUUGUAAAAACUUGUGCUGUUGUAGAAUCGAAUCCGCUUUUAAUCAAAGAAUGCUUAGACGAAAAUUUGGAAAGUGUAUCUUCCCUUCCAAAGAUAAACGAAAAAAAUAAUCCAGCUCUGUUACCUUUGAGAAGCUCAGAACGCCAUUCUCCAGAAGAUACAUUACAAGCAGAAUACGAAGAUCCAAAUUAUUACUACACUGCUGCAGGAAUUGGAUAUCCACACGGUUUAGGUGCUUACCAUCCCCCUUUAGUAGUGACCAAUUUAACCAGUAGUGAUGGUGGUUUAGCUGAUACUCCUUUGAAAUCCAAAAACGAUGUUGGAUGUGUAAACUCCCCAAUGCAUCGCAUAAAAUCCACUUCUCAGUAUCAGGAAGUCAUGGAUAGUUCUGAAGAAACCUUAAAAUCCUCUCAGUCGGAAUCUCAUUUACAAACUCUUUCUGAAAAAUACAGAAUGAAACGCUCUCAAGAGCAGGGUGACAUUGCUCAUUUACAAGACAGUGCAAAGGUCUACCAUUCCUCUAACAUGCUGCCUAUUCGGGAAUCGCUUGAUUCUAUCGGAGAAGACGAGGACUCGCGGCUUUUGCGCGCCACUUCAACUGAAGGAAUAAGUGUUUUUACGUCCCCAUCCACUGAUUCGGAAAAACCGUUGUCUUCUGCGCAGUCUGAUGACGUUUUUGAUCUUCCAUUGGAAGAAAGUGAUGUUUGAUUUUAUCCAAUAUUAUUUUCUAUUUUUUUUAAUUUUGUUAUCACCUUUGACACGAGUUGGUUACUAUUUUGAAGGUUGAAAAUUUCAAUAUGAGUUGUGAAGAAGUCGCAAAAAUUAUGUACUUAAAAAGAAAUUGUUAAAUGGUUUAUUCUCCUUCUGAAUUACAUCCAAAAUGAUUUUUUUAAAGUAGAAAAAGUAGAGGUAAAAUCACACAACUGUAUGUACAAUGUACAUGUACAAUAGAAGAAAUUUAAAAGUUAACAUUUAGAUCAUGAUUGCAAAAAUAACCCAUGCUAAGGGACGAUUAAUUUUACUUAAAAGACAAAGGUCAUGGCAAAGAAUUGAAGUAAAUGUCGACUCUGGACAUCUCAUCUGUUGAUAUCAGAUUAAUCCAGUAUCACUAGUAUAUAAAAAUGACGUCAAGACAGAUAUGGUUUUAUUUCUAAGUUUAAUUUAAUGCAUUAAUGAUAUAUUUUGUUUAUUUCAAUGUUUUUGAAUUUAAAUUUCGUAAUAUGCAGGAAUGUAACUGUAUAGAACUGAAGUAUAAAAUCAUUAUGGAUGUUAGAUAUUUUCAUUGAUACUUAAUUUUAACAGUGAACGAUUUAAAUGACGGUGCAUGUACUUAAAAAGAAGUUUAAUAACAAGACAGUAUUAAUUGCAAUAGAGGAUUAAGUUAUGAUUAUUUCUGGCAAUAAGAAUAAGAAAUUGUUUUUACCACAAACUAUCACACUAGAUGUGUCGUUGAUAUUUAUAAUGACGGAGUUUUUUCUUCAACGAGUUAUUUCAUUGUAAGAAUGUGAGUACUUAUUUACAAGUAUUUUAUUUAGGUGCCAUUGACAACGUUAUCUAUGAGAAGUGUGCAAUAUAAUAUUUUGAUAUUUCAUGUCAUUUGUAUUGAUGUUUUUUUUUUAAAUUGUAGUUUUUUUUCGUGUCAAGAGAUUUUUCCCUCUCUCUCCACAUUUUUGUUUUUGAACUCAUGCUAUUUGUUAUUAUAUUUCUUUUUUUAGUUUUUUUUUCUUCAUUAUCUUCCAAUGCUUUAAUUAAAGAGAAUCUAAAAUGUUUCGUGUUUUGUUCUUGUAAAAAAAUCAUGAUAAUAAUAGUAAAUAAAAU